AGAGAGUGCAGUGCGCAGGAACAACAGGAAUCGAUUGAAAGUUGCUUGUUGCUGUCUUUUUCGGUGUUAAAAGAAGUGAUACCCGUAUUUCUACCUGUAGUUCGCGUUGAAAUAAUUCACUUUUAAUUCGUUGAUUCCUGAUUUUUUAUCGUCUUUGUCGUUUCUCAACUUUCUCGCGAGAAACGACCCCCAUAUUUUCGUUUCGUUUGGAGGUUAAUGGUAUAUUUCGCGGGAGUAUGUUUUUGUCUGCGAAUUAAGCUGUCUUUGUGUCUUAAUGUCGACAUUUUAAUGCACAAUGAGUCCUCCAGGCACAAUUUCAUUGCGGAUUGACUUAGAUACAGCCAACGAUGAAAAAAUAUGCAACCUAAUACCUUUUGUCAGACUUCAUAGACUGGAACUGAGCGGUCAACGCCUAGCAAACAACGGAACUAUCAUAAAAACUAAUACCAUCACAAGAAAUAAAAUAAUUAGACAUUCUCCCUCUCCCCCUUCUCUCAAGAGAAGUAGAGGAAGAGGACAAGAAGCAAAAUCUCCUGUACUUCCAAGUACUCACCUCAUAGAUGACACUGAAACUAGCACAAGAAGUAAAAUAAUUAGACAGUCUCCCUCUCUAUUUCCUCUGAAGAGAACUAGAAGGGAACUAAAAGCAAAAUCUCUCGUAUUACAAAGUCCUCACCUCUUAGAUGAUGAAGAAACUGUCUUGAAUAAUAACCCAAAUAGACAGUCUCCAUCCUCACCUUCUCCAAAGAGAAAAGGAAAAAUGGGACUAGAAGCAAAAUCUACUGUACUACAAAGUGCUACCCUCAUAGAUGACAAUAUAUUUGCUAAAAAAAAUAAUUCUUCUAAACAGUCUCCUCCCCAUUCUGUAAGGAGAAUUGUAACAAGGGGUCAAGACUCAAAAGGUCUUGAUGCAAGGCCUUUUAAAUGUACUUUGUGCAUGGAAUGCUUCCAUACCAGCGUCCUUCUAGCUGUACAUAUGAGAAUCCAUGACAAAGAUAGUGAUGAAGAAGACGAAGAUGAAGAAGAUGUAGAUGAUGUUGAGGAUUUUGAACAGAUUGAUGUCGAUUCAGAUGAUACGAGUGUUGAAAAUGAAUCAAACAGACCUGGCCUUUUGAACUCAUCCUUAUCCAGGGAAAAUGAAAACUUGCCUCAGAAUAUUCGUAUCAGUUCAAUAACAUCUGGCAGGAAUUCUAAUUACAAUUCCAAAACCCUUUCUACUACCGACGAGGAUUCUGUCAGCAGUGUGAUUUCCAAUGGUGGUCUUCCUAGUCCUAAAAGCAACUCAACAGCAGUAGAGUUACCACAGAAAAGAAGAGGGCCCAUCAAGCUACUGAAAUGUAAGGAAUGCCCAGCAUCUUUCUCCCAGCAGUGGUAUUUAGACCUCCAUCUAAUUCUUCUGCAUUACAUCAAUAACAAAAAUUCUUCCAUAAAAUGUCCUGGAUGUACUUCUAUAUUUGUAAAUGAACAUCACCUUAGACAGCAUAUUGAAACAAGUCAUAGUCUGCAUUUAACUAUUAUGAAUAAUGAGAUAAGUUCCGCUUUGGGUCUGACAACAGAUGCUCUGACUGGUGAACAUAUAAAAAAUCAAAAGAAAAGAGGACCAGUUCCACUUUUAAAUAGUUUAGAGCAGUCUCACCAGGUCAGACGCUCAUUUCAUACUUCAAUUCCUAAUAAUUUGCCAAGUAAUUGGCACAUGGCCUCUUCAUAUGAACGAGAUCAACUUAUUGAGCUCUUAGAAGCAGAGCUGAAGUAUAUAGCACUCGAGCGAAACAGACUGGGUGAUCAUUUUUCCUACUCUGACAUUCAGCGUUUAUCUCUUCAAAUCUGUGAAUAUCUUCAAGUUUCAAAUUUCUUUGACAACCUUCCACCCAAAAGAUGGGCACAAAAAGUACUAAUAAAAGUCCGCCAAAUUCCGCGACCUGGUAGAUUUCGCUUUGUUCAUAACGUUAAUGCAAGCUAUCUAAAUGCUGUCAGUGAGCUUUCCAACCGGGGGCUAUCAGAAAACAAAAUAUUUUAUGCAUUUGAAGCAAGAAUUUGUGAUGUGAAGAAAGAUGGAAUUGCUCAAAGAGUUCCAAAAACACCUAUUGGGGCUACAAGUCCUGAUGUUUCUGUUGAAGACACUAUAUGCACUGUUCUUUGUACCAAUGCAAAUGGCUCAGUGCUUUUACAACCAACCAUUGUUUUUCGGAAUCAAAUUGCAGAUGUCAAAAGCCUUCACAAACUCAAGGCUUUGAAAACCACAUAUCCUUCUAGAGACUUUCUAGAGAAUGAUUAUUUCCAUGAGUGGUUUGCACAAUUCCUCCUAGCUGUUCCUCCUGCAAGACCGAUUCUCCUCCUUGUGGAGGGCUGUGUAUCUCAAUUAUCAUUUCGUAUCAUCAUGAUGGCCAGAGAAAAUGAUGUACACAUACUCUUCGUUCCUAGUCGGAAACGAUUUGUCCAUUCCCAUCAGCUCAUCCGAGAAUCUCUACUGAUUCCAUUGAUGAGAGAGUUUGACAAAGAAGUUGUUAAAUAUCUGGAAACUCACAAUUUAAGCUCAUUAAAUGUGAAAGAUUUUGGUAAAGUGUUUGAACCAGCAUGGAGGGGAGCUCUACCUGAAGCAGAAACAAGGAAGAGUUUUAUCCAAUCAGGAUUCUUGCCGCUCCCUAACUCAACUGCACCUUUGGAAGUUGCUGCUAGGGACUAUUUGGAUGGAGUUAUUGCUGUAGGAAAGGGCACUAAGUCAAGUUCUGAUGUCAGCUCUCGAAAAUUGCCAAAACUUACAACACAUAAUAAGUCUACCCCUGAUGCAAGCCCUCCUGCAGCCAGUGUUGAAUCUACCCCUUCCUGUGUAACGGGUGACUCCUCAACUCUCACACCAGAAAAAAUUAAAGAGGAACCAGUUGAUUCUGAUCCAAGUGAUGAAAUUACUCAGUUGCCAGCGCUAGGGGAAAUCAAACAUGAACCUCAAGAAAGUGAUCCAGUUGACCCUCCUUUGGAUGAAUUCAAACAAGAGGUGGUUGACCUUCCUAGUAGUUCACAAGCCGUACCUCAGUUGGAGGUGGUGAAGUUUGAGGCAGAGGAACACGAGUGCUCUGGUUGCAAUAGGUCCUUUCAUUCACUUGGCGAUCUAUCCUCUCACCAGUGUAAUGUUCGACCAGCAAAUCCGCCAAGGGAGAACACUGUGGGCCAGAGUGCUAAUGAAGACUGCUACUAUCACAAAUGUUCACAGUGCAGCAUGUCUUAUGCCUUGAAAGAAUCUCUUGUAUUGCAUAGUCGUACCCACCAUUUGCCCCAAGCUGCUUCGUCGAGUGGUAAAAAAUUCCCAAAAGCCCGCUUGGUAGCUAAUCCAAGUAACGCACGGAUAGUUAAGGUUCAGCAACAGAAGGACUCUGCUGCUCCGGUCUUGAAGAGAAAAACUUUGAUAGAGGAACAAACAAAUUUGGAUAACUCAAUGCUCAAAAUGCAUAAAAAGGAGGCCUCUUUUGCUCAAGUCUUAAAGAAGAAAACUACAGAAGAGGGAGGAACUUAUUUGCAAAUGCCAAUGCACAAAGUGCCGCAUAAGGUUAUAUGGUCUCUUGAUGGUAAACCUUCUCCAACCUCCGACUCUGGGACGGAAUCUGCAUCUUCUACCUCAUCAAGAACACUCUCAGCAUCACCUGAACCGUUUAAUGAGCAUGGUGUGUCAUAUUCUUCGGCUUCAAGAUCACUACUUCCCCCUCCACCUCUUCCUGAACAUGACUACCUUGGCCAAAUAUACCAGAAUCCAGCAAGAAGAAAUGAGAUCAUUCAAAAAAGAGGAAUCUUCAACACACUCAAUUAUGAAGAUGAUACUUCAUCUCCAGUGCAAAAGAUCCUUAUUGCUAUGAAAGCUCCUAAAAAGGGCACUAUUCUCAUUCAUACUGACACAUUGUCUAAUAAAAAAGUGCAUGAAUGGAUGGAGUAAACGAAAGAAUUAAGUUCAAAUACAAACAAUUUAUAGUCAAAAUAUGUUAACCAAUUAUGUUUGCCUUUGAAUUUAUAUAUAUUUCUGUGUGAUAUUAGAGAUAGAUAUUAUUUGUGAUUAAUGUAAUGAAUCUUGUAUGUUUGAUUGUGUAGGAGCAUACAUGUAUAAUUAAUUUAUGAUUAAUUUAUGACUAAGACAUAUCGCUGACAAGAGAAAUCAGUAGAAUAACCAGUAUUUUGGAUUAUU